ACUGGUUCAUGCUCGACCACAUCAUCCACACUCUUUCCUCCGACGCAUUUCUUGCUUGUCUUAUCCCUGCUCUGCUGUUCUUAUCCAGUCUGUGCUUCACUGGGUUCUCAUCAUUCUCGGAUUUACGCCGGAAUGUCACAGAAAUCGUCACCGGGCGUCGACGAACGACAUUCGGGCACUUCUCCGUCGAACGGGCUGCGCUAUCCUACCAACAUUAUGGAAAGCUGUCGCGCGGUGAACUUGCAACGAUGCGAGCGUCGUAUGCCAAGAUAGGACGCGCGCACAAACACAUAGGAUACGACCUAGGAUACCCCGCCAAGCUCAACCGACUGCAAGAGGCCAUAACGGUGAAUACUAGGGUCACGGAAAGCAUUGCGCAGCUUGCGAAGGAACAGUUCUCGGACAGACUGUCGCGCGUGGACUGGCAAGGUCAUGAUGCGCAUGGCGACAUCUCUCGAAUACGAGAGUCGCUGAAGCAUUUCGUACGCGAUUGGAGCGAAGAAGGCCGGGGCGAGCGAGCGAGGAUAUUCGGACCAAUUCUGGACGUUUUACAGGAAGCCAAAUCUGCAGCUCGUCAGGAAAUGAGAGUGCUAGUUCCUGGGUCGGGGCUGGGUAGACUUGCUUGGGAGAUAUCGCAGAUGGGCUACGUUGUCACCGCGAAUGAGCUUUCAUUCUUCAUGAACCUCGCGUUCCGCUUCCUGCUCUCUGAGACAACCACUCAGCACGUGAACCAACACACCCUACAGCCAUACGCCAGUUGGUUCUCACAUCAACGCAGUGUCGACACGCUCUUCCGAGAUGUUGCGUUCCCAGAUGCUCUACCGCGACUGUCCAAGAACCUAGAGCUCGCGGAAUGCGACUUCCUCCGCCUCGAUCGGCCUGCAGCGCCACCCAUCGGUAGCUCACCUGGCUACGACUUCGUUGUCACGCUGUUCUUCAUUGACACCUCGCUGAACAUCAUCGAGACGCUAGAGCACAUCCAUCGGCUACUCAAGCCAGGCGGGACGUGGAUCAACCUCGGACCGCUCCUCUGGACUGGUGGAGGGCAAGCCACACUGGAGCUGAGCCUGGAGGAGGUGCUGAGACUCGCAAACACGAUAGGCUUCGACGUAGCCUCGGACGCGGACGGCCCACGACGCAGCCGCACGAUCGAGUGCGAAUACACAGCAGACCGCGAGGCAAUGAUGCGAUGGCUGUACCAGGCGGAGUUCUGGGUCGCAACCAAGAUGCGAUAAGAGCUGAGGUCCGAGCGGCGAAGACAAGACUCGUCAGUGGCACAGGGCACGUGAGCGUUACAUUGUGUGGGCCCAAGCGUAU